AAACUUCGACGCAGAUAUAUAUAAACGUAGAUGACAGUGAUAUGAUUUAGUUGAAACUUUGUUUUUGUCACUUUAUGUUUGAAAUAGUCGGGAUGCAAUUUGUGUUUGCGAUUGUGACCUUUGUGGUGCUGCUCCAGAGUGUAGUUUACGGAGGCGACAACCCAUGCGCCAACGGACCACCCGUGAAUAAGAAUCCAGGAGAAUGCUGCGAUACUCCAAUGCUACUUGAUAAGGAAAUUAUGAUGAACUGCUACAAACAGUAUGGAGAGCAAACCAAACGUCAGAUGAAAUUAGAGGGAAUACCGCGUGGUUGUUGCAUUGCUGAAUGCGGCCUAAAUGCCACCGGCCUAUAUUCAAACGGAAUGAUACACCGCGAUGAUAUGACUAAAAUGUUUAUGGAUGUUGUCAAGGAUAUGCCACAGUGGCAGAUGCUUGUACAAGAUACUCUUGAUGAAUGCUUUAAGAUGGCGGAAUCGAUGAUGGAUCAGAUUGAAGCCGCAGCGAAGCUUGAGCCUAGCUUCGAAGGGGAAAAAAUAUGUCAUCCAAUCUCCGGAACGAUUAUGCGCUGCAUGGGAAUGAAUAUGUUUGUCAAGUGUCCUCCCGGAGUUUACAGAGAAAGUGAUGAAUGCAAUCAACUGCGAGAAUAUUCCAAAAUGUGUCCAAUCAUUUAAAGAUGGAAAAGUUUUGAUGUACAAAAUCAUAUACUGUUAAAAAUUGUUAGAACUGUAUUAGGAUAGAAAAUUUAAGUCAAUAAAUACUUUACUUGUUGCAAACUAUACAA